CCCUGGUCUGCUGGAAUGACCCAGAGUAACCCUGGGAGAGGGACCGGAAGUGCGUCACUGGACGUUUCACGUCUGACUUCCGGGAAAGAUGGCGGCGCGCAUGGACUGAGAGGGCAGAGCGGGCAGAGCGGGCGCAGGAUGAGAGGUGUGACAGGAAUGUGCCUGGCACGGCUUCACAGGGCACUCACAGCACCGCCGGUAAAAUGCAGAGGGCUCUACAUAUACAUGAGGCAGAGUGAAUGCUGGCUUUUAUUUCAUCUUUCCAAACGCAAGUAUGUUACGCAAUGCCAUCACCUAUGCCAAAAAGCAAAACCAAAGCAGGAGUUCCUGGAGCCUGCAGUGCAGGAAGAGUUUAUAUCACAGGAGGUGAAAUCAAUAACUCCUGUACACACCGUGCCUCCCCCUGAUUUGUCCGAACAUGAUGGCACUCCGGGUCCGUCGGACAACGCUGCAAGUAGUGCCCAGCCCCCAGCAGGCCAAGAAGAACGGGGAUGGAAGGAGAUGAAGCUGCAAGUUUCCACACUCCCUGGAAUUCUGUCUCGACUCUCCAAAAUCAGACUGUCUGCCUUGGUGGUGAUCACCGCGUCUGCUGGUUAUGCCAUGGCUCCAGUGCCCUUUGACCCCACAUGCUUCGUAUUGGCGUCUGUUGGUACCGGACUGGCUUCCUGUGCUGCCAAUUCCAUCAACCAGUUUUUUGAGGUACCAUUCGAUUCAAACAUGAACCGGACAAAGAGCCGACCACUGGUGCGGGGACAGAUCAGUCCCUUAAUGGCCGUAUCCUUUGCCGGAGCCUGCACUCUUUCCGGCAUCUCCCUGCUGACUUUUGCUGUUAAUCCACUGACUGGGGCCCUCGGCGCCUUCAACAUAUUCCUCUACACAUGCUGUUAUACGCCCAUGAAGAGGAUGAGUAUCGCCAACACUUGGGUGGGCGCUGUGGUGGGUGCCAUACCACCCAUCAUGGGCUGGACAGCGGCAACUGGCAGCCUGGAUGCUGGAGCGUUGCUAUUGGGUGCCAUUCUCUAUUCCUGGCAGUUUCCUCACUUCAAUGCUCUGAGUUGGAACUUGCGUGAGGACUACUCACGAGGGGGUUAUCGUAUGAUGUCUGUCGUCCAUCCACUUUUGUGCCGCCGUGUGGCCUUGCGUCAUUGCUUGGCUCUCAUUGGACUGUCCACCUUGGCACCUGUGUUUGAUGUCACCACCUGGACUUUCCCCAUAAUCUCGCUGCCCAUCAACAUGUACAUCUCCUACCUAGGUUACCGCUUCUACAGGGACGCUGACCGUUCUAGUUCAAGGAAGCUCUUCUUUUGCAGCCUAUGGCAUCUCCCUAUGCUUCUGCUUCUAAUGUUCACAUGUAAGAAGUCUGUAGGUCAGAAGACAGACAAAGAGAUGAUCCAGGCACCAAGCUGAGACUUGGGGCCGUGCCUGAAGGACUAUGGACUGGACUGGUCUAGUAGGAUUAUGUGAUACUAUGGAGGUUGUUUAUACCUAUCAUGCGUAAAGCAUUGAGAGCCUUAAAUAAUUGGGAAGGGACUUGGUGAUUUUUUUUUACUGUUCGGUAAAUCUCCCUAACAAGGGUUACAGUAAAGCAAUGUUCUUUAAACUUGUUCUUCGUGCCCAGAACUAGACCAGAGCUUUAAAAACACCAGGUGAUUUUAUCUGUGAUUUUACUCCAUAAUCAGUGUUAUUUAAAAAAGUGAGAAUUCAAAGUGAAUUACAAAUUUCAAGCCAAAGUAGUCAGACUGAAGGCAUAGCUGACUCGUUUUCCAUUUUGGCCAUAAAUUUUAAAUAUACUUUGAAUUUACACUUAAAUAGCUCAGUUUGUCAGAUCUCGGCUGGAUGGUAGGUCACAUGGACAUUUCACUCAGGGAUCUCCAGUUAUCAUUAGAUCGCACCUGAUUUAAUAACAUGACUUGAAGUAUUCCUUUCUUCUGAUCGGAAAGAAUGUUUUUAUUUUAAUUAGAAUAUCUAACAGAAUGAGAGCCAGGCCAUUCUGUUAGAUCUAAAUGUCAUACCCACCUAGAAUGUAUCAUGGAAACAGGGAUAAUGUUCUGUCUGAUUUGGUAACCCCCAAUUAUAAUUAUUUUUAUUUUAUUUUUUUAAUUACAAUUUGUUGAAAUGUCAUUGGUUGCUUUUAAUGUCGUAUCGUAUUUAAAAUCCAUGGUAGAGGGAGGGCGGGCAAAUCUGAGAGAAACUACCAAGGCUAAAGCGAGAAUUUAACAAUUCAAAGUGAAUUAUACAAAUUUAAGGUCCAAAAAGUUGAAGUGGGAACAUUCUCAACUAUUCUUUCAGUUUAGUUAUUACUGCCUUAAAUUUGAGACUUACUUUAAAUUCUCAAUUUAGUAAAUAACCCUACAUAAAAUGAAGACCAUUAUUAGCAAAGAUCCAUUUCUGUAGGAUCCAGGCCAGCACCAGGAGUGUGUAUCAUUACAAACUGAUUCAAGUCUGACGCCGCCAUGCAUUUGCACACACUGUAUACUUGAAUCUACAGGGCACUGAAGCAUCUACAUACUGUAUGAAUUCUCUUAUUACAUUAAAAGAAAUCUUACCUGUU